AUGAUCGAUAUUGGAAAUGAAAUUAAUAAAAUUUAUCAAAUUAAUACACCGAUGGACAAAUUAACUGAUAAAGAGGAACAACGUUUUCAAAGAACCAAGUUCUGUCAAAAAUGUUCAAAACAUUUUAAAAACAAUAAUUUGGUUAAAGUUCGAGAUCACUGUCAUUUUACUGGCAAAUAUAGGCAAUGUCUCUGUCUUCAAUGUAAUUUCGAAAUAACUAGUCCAUCGUUCGUUCCAAUAUUCUUUCAUAAUUUAUCUUAUGAUAGUCACUUCAUAAUUCGGGAACUAGGUUGCGAUGAUAAAGAUAUUCAUAUUAUUCCUAAUUCAUCGGAAAAAUAUAUAUCCUUUAGCAAGGAAAUCGCACCUAGAUUUAGUAUUAAAUUUGUCGAUACAUUCCGUUUUAUGAGUGAGUCGCUAAGUAAACUUGCAGCCAAUUUAUCUGAAGAUAAGUUGAGGUUUAGAGAAACCCUAAAAAUAUUUUCAAUCAAAUCAUUAGAUUUAGUUACACGGAAAGGAGUCUUCCCUUACGAAUAUGUCGAUAGUUGGAGUAAAUUAGACAAUGCUUUUUUACCAUCAAAGCUUGAAUUUUAUUACUCGUUAACAGAUGAACAAAUUAGUGAUGAAGAUUAUAGACAUGCAAAAAAUGUAUGGAAUACAUUUGACGUAAAGACUUUGGGUGAAUAUAGCGAUCUUUAUUUAAAAACUGAUGUUACCAUACUAGCUGACGUGUUCGAAAAUUUUAGAGACAUAUGUUUAUCUACUCUCAGAAUAGAUCCUGCUCAUUAUAUGACUGCCCCUGGAUUUGCUUUUGAUUGUAUGCUUAAGUAUACAAAGGUUAAAUUAGAGAGGUUAAAGGAUUAUAAUAUGUUACUCUACUUCGAAAAAUCAAUCCGAGGCGGUAUUUGUCAAUCAACUAAAAGAUAUGCUAAAGCAAACAUACCAAAUAUUGAAGGAUUGGACUAUAAUUCGAAUGAACCGAUUACUUGGAUUACAUAUCUCGACUGUGUAAAUUUAUAUGGAAAGUCUAUGUUGACAGAACUACCUUUUAAAGAUUUUGAAUGGGUUGAUGAUCUCGACAUAGAUGUAACUAAAAUUUCUGAAGAUUCUGAAGUAGGAUAUAUAUUAGAAGUUGAUAUCGAGUACCCUAAACAUUUACAUAAAACCCAUAAUGAUUUUCCGUUUUUACCGUUUAACGAAUGCCCACCGAAUUCGAAAGUUGAGAAAUUGUUAACUACUCUAUCACCGAAAAAAAACUAUAUUGUACAUUACAAAAAUUUAAAACAAGCGAUUUCUCACGGUCUUAAAUUAGUAAAAAUUCAUCGAGCUAUCCGCUUUUCACAAAAAAAAUGGAUGGCAUCAUACAUUGAGUUCUGUACAAAAAUGAGAGCAGAAGCAAAAAAUGAGUUUGAAAAAAAUUUCUGGAAGUUGUUAAUUAAUAGCGUUUUUGGUAAAUGUAUGGAGAAUGUCCGAGCAAGAACUUCUAUAAAACUGGUUUCAUCAGAAAAAAAAGCGAAUAAACUAAUGACAAAAACUAGUUUUAAAGACAGAACUAUAUACUCUAAAAAUCUCAUGGCUAUUCACCAACAUAAGGAAACUAUUAAAUUCGAUAAGGCAAUUUAUGUGGGAUUUGCAAUUUUAGACGUUUCGAAAACAUUUAUGUACGAUUUUCACUAUAAUGUCAUGAAGAAAAGGUAUGGUACUAAAAUUAGUUCUUUAUAUUCGGAUACUGAUUCCUUGAUAUACGCUAUUCAAACUACAAAUUUUUUCAAUGAUUUAAAAAAUGAUUUAUUACCAUAUUUUGAUACAUCUAACUAUCCCAAAGACCAUUAUUGUUUUAGCGAAUUACAUAAAAGUCAGCCAGGCUUUUUCAAGGAUGAAUUGAAAGGAAUUAUACUUAAAGAAUUCGUUUCAUUAAGACCGAAAUUAUAUGCGUACAAAACUGUAGACGGUACUGAGGAAAAAAAAGCAAAAGGCGAUAAAUUAACUCACAGGGUCAUGAAUUUUAUCCAAUCAAACAAACAUGUUGUUCAAUCGAAAACAAUGAACAAACUUGUUCUAAGCGCUAAUGACGAUAAACGUUAUAUAAAUGACGACGGGAUAAAUACUUUGGCUUAUGGUCACUACAAACUAGAUAAAUUAUAUAAUUAA